UCAAUAAAAUAUUUUCAAUCAUCAAUAAUCAUCAACAAGCAUAUUUUUCUUGAUGCCUAAUCCAAGACAUAUCUUAAACACUUAAAUAUUUGAUUUGCAAAUUUAGGGCUUUCAUCUCGUUCAUCAUUCUAAUUAAAGUGCGAAAGUUUUCUUUUGGAAUAUUCCUUUCUCUCAACCGACAUCUAUUCAGUGAAAAUCAAAUGAAUGAGCUAGCAAAUGAUUUAUUAUCAAUAUGGUUAACAUGUAAUUUUAUGGAAACAAUGUUUCUUUAAGUUUCAACAAAUGACAUUUACAUCACGUGGUCUGGAUCAGGUGUUAUACGUGUGUUAAGUAAAUUUUACAUCAAUUUUCAUCACUCUCAUCAUGAAACUCUUAUUAUCUUUUUUCGUUUUGUUUUUAAUCGAACAAGUUGUUUCUAAAUCAGACCGAGUAAAACUAAAGGAUGUGCAAGUACUUACUUUACAGAAAGGCAAAUACACAGAGGCCCGACGGUCGCGGCGGAUGCAUCAACUGAUGUGUGUUGGUGGUACAGCCAGGUGUUCCUUCAUCCCAGAAACCGUUCAAUGUUACAAUCGAGGAUGGGAUGGUCGCACGGUCAAUUGGGAAUGCAAGGCUGAUAUGGACAAGAAGUAUUCGUUUGGUUUAUUAGAAGUUAAUUGUGAAGGCUACGAACACCCUGAUGAUGACUACAUUCUUGCCGGUUCCUGUGGCCUCGAGUUCACUAUCAAUGUGGCUGAUGGUGCUCCCAGGCAACGAAACUUCAACCCUCCACCAUACCCUAAAUCAAUGACACCAGAUGAUUCAGAGCUUGGGUCGCAAUCAAUCUUCAUCAUCAUUCUUGUCAUUGGAGCUCUAUUUUUCAUAAUAUAUCUGUUCCGAAGCCCUAGAAAUGCUCAUGAACCAACUGCACCACCUCCACCGCCAGGAUUUAGACCAGGCUACUUUGGAAACCCACCGCCUUAUGAUCAUGGAAGUGGACCUUCGUGUGGACCAGAAACUCGUCCAGGAGAUGGUCCUGGUUUUGGUACAGGAUUUGUUUCUGGAGGCCUUCUCGGUUACCUUUUCGCAAGAAAUUCAGCCGGACCUAGUUAUACACGAGAAAGCUUUUCAUCGUCUACCCAUCAAAACAACCCUAAUUUUGGUAAAACAUAUGCUAGCACUGAAACUGAGACAGAAACGAAAGCUGGCUACGCCACAACUAAAAGACGUUAAUUCAAUUGAAAAUAGUGGAUAAUCAUUUUCUAAUAAUGUCUUUGGAAAGUUGCCUAUUUUUAGUAUUGGUGAAAUUCACGCCAUUUCAAAUUGAAUCUCUCAGCCACUUAUCAAACGAUGAUAUAAACCACUAAAUACUUUCCAUUCAGAUCAUCAUGUUUACAUUGUAUAUUCUAAAUGUUUUUCUGAACAUAAAUCUUACAAGGCUGUAAUAGCUGAAUUUAACCAGAUAAAAUGUUGUUUAUCAUGUUUAUUUAA